CAAAACAAUGGCUCUGACAUAUUUUAAGGUAUCUCAGAGCAAGUUUCUUUCAGCUCAAACAUGCAUUUUAGUCUAGGACUAGCUUAAGCCUUGUCUGUGAAACCGGGGGUAAGUGUGACAACUUGCCUCGACCUGAUGUGCCAUUGUAACAACUUCUCCGUGUGACACCUAGCAAGUCUCAUUUUUGUGUAAAUACAUAAUAUAUCCAUAUAUUGAAUAUUAAAUCUAAUAUUUGAUAUAUUCAGGCUGUAGAACGAGAUAAACACAGAUUAUGACAUCCAGUACACUAGAUGACGCUGUGCUGUGCCAGACUAAAUUCGAUACACGAACAGAAGAAACAUCCACACAUGACAUGUGAGAAACACAAGAGUGCUACUGAAGGACUUUGUUUGGUUCCCUAAACGUUGAUAUCAUCUAAUAAAAUCAUGAUAUCGCAGGAAUACUGCACAGUUUGUGUGACACAUGUGCGCGUCGUCUUCCUGUGACGCUUCAAAACAAGAGUGAUUUGCAUUUGACAACCGCAGUAAGAGUGUAGGCUAUUCUGAAACAUAUAUAUUACAUUUAAUUUUAACAAAAAAGUUUUUAUCAUGACUCUCAGCAUGACUUUCGGGUGUUGUAGUAAAGUUCGUCUGUUUCGGAAUAAGGCGACUGUCGACCUUUGCAGAAAACUGUCAGAUGCUGCCAUCUCAUCUGAUGAAACUCAGUCCAGCGCUGGUGAGAAGCCCAGGAGAAGACGGAGAGCUCCGGGGAACGCGACUGUUCUUCUGUUCCCCGGGCAGGGCAGUCAGUUUGUCGGUAUGGGGAAAGGACUGUUGAAGUAUGGUAAUGUCAAAGAGAUGUUUGCUGUAGCUCAGAAGGUGCUUGGUUAUGACCUGCUGUCUCUCUGCUUGAACGGACCCGAGAAAGAUCUGAUGAAGACUGUUCAUUGCCAGCCAGCUGUGUUUGUGUGCUCGCUGGCUGCUGUGGAAAGACUGAACCAUGAAAAUCCUGCUGCUAUUGAGAGCUGUGUGACUGCAGCAGGAUUCAGUGUUGGUGAAUUUGCUGCUUUGGUCUUCUCUGGUGCAAUGAACUUUGCUGAAGCUUUGUUUGCAGUAAAGGUGAGGGCAGAAGCAAUGCAGAAGGCCUCCGACCAAGUACCUAGUGGCAUGUUGUCUGUGAUUGGCCGACCUCAGGCCAACUACAAAUACGCCUGCGUCCAAGCUAGGGAGCACUGUUUGUCUCUUGGUAUCCACGAGCCUGUGUGUGCCAUUGCCAACUACCUUUUUCCAGAUGGGAGAGUAAUAGCUGGCCACAAAGAGGCUUUGGAUUUCCUUCAAAGCCAUUCCAGAGAGCUGAAAUUCAUGAGAACGCGACUACUGCCGGUUAGCGGGGCCUUUCACACUGCACUGAUGGAGCCGGUGGUCAAGCCUCUGAGCGACGUCCUCAGACAGAUAGAGAUAAGGCGGCCCGAGAUCUCUGUGCACUCCAAUGUGGACGGCAAGCGGUACAUGCAUGACAAGCACGUACGGAAUCAGCUGGCCAAACAGCUGGUGUCUCCAGUGAAAUGGGAGCAGACGCUGCAUGAGAUUUAUGAAAGAGGCCAGGGGCAGGAGUUUCCUCACACCUAUGAGGUGGGACCUGGUAGACAUUUGGGUUCAACGCUACAGAAGUGCAAUAUGAAGGCCUUUAAGAACUAUACACAUGUAGAUGUUGCAUUGACAGAGGAUUGAUCAGUAAUGUGCAGUAAAUCUGUUACAUUUGGUUUUCUUCUUGCUGAUAAAUACAAAAAAGCCAAACACUUUGUUUUUCUUUUUUAAAAAUUUUUAUUGCGCUUGGUGAUUUGAAAAGUCCAGCUUCCUUUAAUAAUGUAGAAAUGCUUUUAGAGGAAGAGGUAACAAUUCAUUGGCCCAAUUAUCCAGCAAUAGACCCAAUACACACACACAAAAAAACAUUUUUAACUUGCAAAAACCUGCACAUAUAUUAUAUAUGUGAACCAGCACGUCAUUUGAAUCAGUUAUAAAAGAGAAUGCAAAAUAAGCAGUUUAAAAAAAAAAAAAGAGCAAAA